CCAAACUCACCUUUUUGAGAGCGCAUUCGGCAUUUGGCGGUUUAUUUAUAAAUUAGUUACACGAAAAUUAAUAUACAUCCGUCUUUAAUUUUUUUAUUUAGUUUUAUUAUUAAAAAUUAAUUCGUAAAAGAAAACAAUAAUCGCUAUGGGAAUUCUAGGUCUAUCGAAACUUAUAGCAGACGUAGCUCCCUUUGCCAUAAAAGAAGGUGAAAUAAAGAAUUUCUUUGGUCGUAAAAUAGCCAUCGAUGCUUCUAUGUGCUUGUAUCAGUUCCUAAUUGCUGUCCGAAGUGAAGGUGCUCAGUUGACUACAGUCGAUGGCGAGACAACGUCUCAUUUGAUGGGAAUGUUCUAUCGGACUAUUCGUCUCCUAGAAAAUGGAAUUAAGCCGGUAUAUGUAUUCGAUGGCAAGCCACCAGAUCUAAAGUCUGGAGAGCUGGCUAAACGUGCUGAACGACGUGAAGAAGCACAAAAAGCCCUUGAUAAGGCAACCGAAGCUGGCGAUGAAGCUGAUAUGGACAAAUUCAACAGGAGAUUAGUUCGCGUGACGAAGGAACACGCUGCCGAAGCAAAACAACUCUUGAAACUAAUGGGAGUUCCCUAUGUAGAUGCACCAUGUGAAGCUGAGGCACAGUGUGCGGCCAUGGUGAAAGCUGGAAAAGUCUAUGCUACAGCUACCGAGGAUAUGGAUGCCUUGACCUUUGGGUCGUCUGUAAUGCUGCGACAUUUGACUUUCAGUGAAGCACGGAAGAUGCCUGUGAAGGAGUACAACUAUGAGAAAAUUCUCAAAGGCUUUGAGUUAUCUUCGAAGGAGUUUAUAGAUCUCUGCAUUCUGCUUGGAUGCGAUUACUGCGAUAGUAUCAAGGGCGUUGGUCCAAAGCGCGCCAUUGAGAUGAUCAAUACGUACAGAAAUAUCGAAACAAUUCUGGAGAAUAUCGAUAGAAAAAAGUACACAAUUCCCGAGGAUUGGAAUUAUGAGGUUGCAAGGCAGUUAUUUAUCACCCCAGAUGUCAAAAAUCCCGAGGAGCUUGAUCUCAAAUGGGUAGACCCCGAUGAAGAAGGUUUAGUUAAGUUCAUGUGUGGAGACCGGCAAUUUAGUGAAGAUCGUGUUCGAACAGGAGCGAAAAAGAUUCUGAAAUCGAAAAAUACCUCUACUCAAGGCAGACUUGACAGUUUUUUUAAAGUUCUUCCAUCAACUAUGGCAACACCAAAGCGAAAAGGUGAAGAUAUAAAGAAGGGUUCUGCCAAGAAAGCAAAAACCUCAACACCACGCGGAAGGAAGCCAAAGUAAAAAUAUCGGAAACAGUUUCUUUUUACUCUUUCAAUAUUUCAAAUAAUUAUGUUCUUGAAAUAAUAUAAUCUAAGAUAUUUGAGAUACAUAUUUAUUUUUUAACUAAGUCAUAUUUUCUAUGAUAAAUGUGAUGAAAUUUAAACUUUUGUUAUAACUCUUUAAAAUACAAAAACUUAACUACAAAGAAAAA